UGACUGGGGGAGUCACCCCGAGAGGUGAGGGUCUCCCGGCGUGGGAGGAACACACCGAGGAGGGCUCGGUCCACACCGAUGGUGUCCCGCGGAGGAGAGGGUCCCCUGAAGGGGAGGCGUCUUCUGCAGGAAGACGGGGGUCUCUUCGAGGGGGCGGGAUCCUGCGCAGGGGUGGGGUCCCGCGGAAGCAGGGGCUGUCCUCUCAGGUGAAGGCUGCCCUCUUUUGAGAGCGAGAGGGUCCUUCGCACAAAGAAUCUGGGGAUCGAGCCGCCUCCCGAGACGCGCACACACACACACACACCCCGGGCGAGAGGAGGAAGGCGAGGAGACGUUAGAGCCGGGCCAGCGCACCGCCCGGGACUCGAGCUCGUGACCCCGGCCUCCCGGGGCGGCCGGCGCGCACCUGCGGGGGGGGCGUGGCCGCGGCGCGCGGGCCGGGCGGGAAGGAGUUAAGCCGGGCCCCGCGGCCCAGCUCCGCCCUCGGCAGGCCGCGGAGCCCGAGCCCCGGCGGCCGAGGAGCCGAGCAGCCGCCGCCCGCCUGCGCCUGCGGGGAGCCCGGCCGCCGGCGCCCGGGAGGCCCAGGCCCUGCGCGCAGCCGAGCGAGGGGCGUCCACCCCGGCGCGGCGGCGGGGGCGGGCCCGGGCUCGUCGGCCGAGCGCCCCCCACCCAGCCACCCAUUCUCCAGGCGGGAGCGGGAGGAGUCCCCGCGGCGCCCCGGAUCGGGCCGGGCCCGCGCCCAUGGCGAGCGCGGCCUGCCCGGGCCCGGAGGGCUGUGCCAUGUGAGGCCGGCACGCUGGCUGGGGGGCCCGGCCAUGGCCGGCGAACGGCCCCCGCUGCGGGGCCCUGGGCCUGGAGAGGCGCCGGGGGAGGGGCUGCCGGGCCCCGGGGGUGCAGGCGGAGGCCCCGGCCGGGGCCGCCCCUCCUCCUACCGGGCUCUCCGCAGCGCAGUGUCCAGCCUGGCGCGGGUGGACGAUUUCCACUGCGCCGAGAAGAUCGGGGCCGGCUUCUUCUCCGAGGUCUACAAGGUUCGGCACCGACAGUCUGGGCAAGUCAUGGUGCUGAAGAUGAACAAGCUCCCCAGUAACCGGGGCAACACACUGCGAGAGGUGCAGCUCAUGAACCGGCUGCGGCACCCUAACAUCCUAAGGUUCAUGGGCGUCUGUGUGCACCAAGGACAACUGCACGCUCUCACAGAGUACAUGAAUGGGGGGACCCUGGAACAGCUGCUCAGCUCCCCCGAACCCUUGUCUUGGCGGGUCAGGCUCCACCUGGCUUUGGACAUUGCUCGGGGCCUGCGGUAUCUGCACGCCAAGGGUGUGUUCCACCGAGACCUCACGUCCAAGAAUUGUCUGGUCCGACGGGAAGACCGAGGCUUAACGGCCGUGGUGGGUGACUUCGGGCUGGCUGAGAAGAUCCCUGUGUACAGGGAAGGGGCGAGGAAAGAACCCCUGGCUGUGGUGGGCUCCCCAUACUGGAUGGCACCAGAGGUGCUGCGUGGCGAGCUGUACGAUGAGAAGGCUGAUGUCUUCGCCUUCGGGAUCGUCCUGUGUGAGCUCAUCGCCCGAGUACCCGCGGAUCCUGAUUACUUACCCCGGACUGAGGACUUCGGCCUGGACGUGCCUGCAUUCCGCACCCUGGUGGGGGACGACUGCCCACUGCCUUUCCUGCUUCUGGCCAUCCACUGCUGCAGCAUGGAACCCAGCACCCGUGCUCCCUUCACUGAAAUCACCCAGCACCUGGAGUGGAUCCUGGAGCAGCUGCCUGAACCAGCUCCCCACACCAGGAGUCUCCUGACGUCCACUCAGGAGGCUGUGCCAAGAGGGGGUCCCUCCGCCACGCUUCCCAGGUCAGAUCCCCGGCUCUCCCGAAGUCGGUCGGACCUCUUCCUGCCCCCGUCACCAGAAUCACCCCCCAACUGGGGGGAUCAUCUGACUCGAGUAAACCCCUUCUCGCUAAGGGAAGACCUCAGGGGUGGCAAGAUCAAGCUCCUGAACACACCCAGCAAGCCUGUCGCCCCCCUGCCCCUCGUACCUCCAUUGCUGAUGCCCUCCACCCAGUUGCCCUUGGUGACCACCCCGGAGAACCUGGUCCAGCCGGGCACCCCUGCCCGCCGCUGCCGUUCGCUGCCCUCAUCCCCUGAGCUCCCUCGGCGCAUGGAGACUGCACUGCCAGGCCCCGGCCCUCCUGCCUUUGCGCCCUCAGCCGAGGAGAGCAUGGAGUGUGAGGGCAGUAGCCCUGAGCCAGAACCUGCAGGCCCAGCCCCGCGGCUGCCCCUGGCCGUGGCCACAGACAACUUCAUCAGUACUUGCUCUUCUGCCUCCCAGCCCUGGAACCCCAGGUCAGGACCUCCCCUCAACAACAACCCUCCAGCUGUGGUGGUGAACUCCCCGCAGGCCUGGGCUGGGGAGCCCUGGCACCACACUCAGCACAGCCUGCCCCGGGCGGCGGCCCUGGAGCGGACAGAACCCUCGCCGCCACCUGCAGCUCCCAGGGAGCCCGAGGAUGGGCUGCCUUGUCCCGGAUGCUGCCUCGGCCCCUUCAGCUUUGGCUUCCUGUCCAUGUGCCCGCGCCCCACACCAGCUGUUGCCCGCUACCGCAACCUCAACUGUGAGGCAGGCAGUCUCCUCUGCCACCGAGGGCACCACGCCAAGCCACCCACACCCAGCCUGCAGCUGCCGGGGGCACGCUCCUAGCAGUGAGGUCUCGGAGUUCUUAGGCCUCCACCUUUGGCCUUCAGGACACACCUAUAAGCCCAGGCCGGGCUGACUGACUCCUCUCCCCUUGUAGGGGAGCCUCAGCAUGGACUCGAAGGACACAGCACUUGGCCAACGCAAUCCCUGGGCUCGCUCUCCUGCGGGGCUCACCCAACCAGACACAGCGUUGCUGACACACGAGACUAACACGUGCAAAUUAUUUAAAGUGAUUUCAAUAAAACUGCCUGGCUGGCUCCGGGCUGCCCU